AUGGCAACAAACGGAGCUCCACUUAGAGACGCGGAUACAAAGACGAGUUUGGAGAAGAUCAAGAAGCAGCUGGCAUCAAGCUCCGGUAGAAAUCUGCUGCAAGGACCUCUCCUCAAGCGAUCCGAAACGCUGAGGAAGUGGAAUGAGAGAUGGGUAAUUUUAGACCCAACAACUGGGAAGAUGGAGUACAAGGUAAGGAGAAAUGAGCCAUCGGUCAAAGGAACCAUGACAUUUGAUGCAAACAGUACCAUUACAAUUUCCCCUGUGAAUUUCCAGGGGCUGCCCAAGUAUGAUGGAUGUUGCUUCUACAUUGGGACCCCACAGAGAAAAGAUUAUUUCCUUUGUGCAGAAACUCCUGCUGCUGCUAGAGCUUGGGUGUCUACUCUACAUGCGACACAACUGGUUCUGAAGGCUCAUAAAGAAGCAGUGAACACCUUAAGUGGAAAUGGGUCCACAAAGUUAGGAACAGUUGCCACUGUUGUUGCUGCUGCUAACUCGACAGCCCUGGAAGCAUCUAAAGAAAUUGAAGCUGCAAUGCAAAUUUCCAUGCGAAAUGCCUUAGGAGCUAUGUUGACGAAGACACCAGAUUUCCCUGUGGAUGAUUUAUCCAUCAUGAAGGAAACCCUGAGAGUGAAGGAUGAAGAGCUGCAAAAUUUGGCAAGGGACCUUCGAGCAAGGGAUUCAGCGAUAAAGGAAAUAGCUGAAAAACUCUCUGAAACUGCUGAAGCAGCUGAAGCUGCAGCAUCCGCUGCUCAUACUAUGGAUGAUCAAAGGAGAAUUGCUUGUGCGGAGGUCGAGCGUCUAACAAGAGAAUCUGAGAAACAGUUGGAGUCAUCUAAACUAAAGAUAAGAGAUUUGGGAGAGAGAGUCCUGAAUCUUAGCACAGAAAAAGAUCAUCUGAUAAAACAAAGGGAUUCUGCCCUUCAAGAGGCGCAUUUAUGGCGUUCAGAGCUUGCUAAAGCUAGAGAACAUGCCGUGAUAUUGGAAGGAGCUGUGGUCCGAGCUGAAGAGAAGGUCCGGGUUACAGAGGCUGAUGCCGAAGCUAGAAUAAAGGAAGCGAUAGAGAAAGAGUCUGCUGCUGCUAAAGAGAAUCAAGAACUACUUUCAUAUGUAAAUUUAUUACAAGAGCAACUCAAAAGGCAGCAGCUCGAGACCAGGCGAGUCUAUGCCGAGAAGACCGAGCCUUGCUCUGGCGUGGAUGGCGAUUUAACACUAACAAAGCACGUUGACCCAUCACAAGAGAACGUGGAUAAAGCAUGCACGAGCGUCUCAAAAGCCACACCCGAGCCCACUGAGAACUUUGUUCGCCUUGCGGUCGAGCAAACGGAUCUCCACUCUAUCAGGGAAAGUGAGUGGAAUGAUAUUCAGACAACUGAGGCCCAGAUAGCCGAAGUCCGAGAGGUUGGGCCAGAUGCGGAUGGGAGGAGCCUAGACAUCCCCGUGGUGAAUUUCCCGGUCAGUGGACCCCAGGACCAUCAUGGAUCUUCGGAUCAGCCUUACGUAUAA